AAGAGAUGCAGAGGAACAAGGCCCCUUCUCUAGUCUAGUGCCUUCUCAAUCAAAAAGGGGAAACAAAUGCCUGCGGUAGGUAGGCCUUCUCAAACUAGUAUAAGUGCAUGUGAUCGAGUAGUGCAAUACACACAGAAGAAAAGUACUAGUAUACAGUACAGAAGUCGAAGCCAACAAGAAAAGUGAGACAAUGAAGCUCAUCUGCGACUUCCCGUCGCCGAAGUCCCUGCCGGACAAGUACGUCUUGCCGCCGGAGGAACGCCCUUGCAACCACGAGUUACGGGACGACCUCUCAGUCGCUCUCCCCGUCAUCGACCUCCAAGGAGCUCUUGGAGAUGGCCGCCGACAGGUUAUUGGCGACAUCAUGAAAGCCGGCAAGGAGUUUGGCUUCUUCCAGGCGGUGAACCACGGUGUGGGGGAAGACGUGAUCCAGGGCUUCCGAGAAGCGGCGGCAGAGUUCUUCAGGAUGCCGGCGGAGGCAAAACUCAAGCACUACUCCAACGAGCACAACAAGCAUUGCCGGGUCUUCUCCGGCUCCGUCACGUCCCACACUGACACCAACGACAUCCGCUACUGGCGCGACUGUCUCAAGCUCCGGUGCUACCCGGUGGACAAGCUGAUGCACCAUUGGCCAUCACAGCCAGAAACAUUUCGGGAGCGUCUUGCCAAGUACGCCGUGGCAGUGCAGGAGCUGGCACAAAGGCUCCUGCGACUCAUCGCGGAGGGGCUCGGCUUGGACAGUCAAUUCUUCGAGGGCGAGCUCACCGGCGGGGAGACGAUGAUGAACGUGAACUACUACCCGCGAUGCCCUGAACCAAGCCUCACGUUGGGCAUCCGGCCGCAUUCAGACCGCUACAUCCUCACGGUCCUGUCACAGGGCGAUGUCAGUGGUUUACAGGUGAAGCACAAGGGGCGCUGGAUCGGUGUCCAACCCAUGCGCAACGCGUUUGUUGUCAACUUUGGGCUUCAGCUGGAGAUGGUGACCAACGGGGUGCUUACAAGCGUGGAGCACCGGGUGGUGACCAACUCGGCCAAGGCGAGGAUGUCGGUGGCAACGCUUAUCAGGCCAAAUAUGGGCUGCAGGAUUGGUCCGGCGCCGGUGAUGGUGAAUGGAAAGACCAGCUAUCGUCCUAAGUAUAGGGACUUCACAGGGACUGAGCUCAUCGAGGCGUACGAGGCCACUGCGGGCAACAGGGAGGCCCUGCUUGAAAUGUUCAGGAUCCAUCACACCAAGUAGCUAGAGCCAACGCCCCAAACACACACACGCGCGCGCGCGCGCACGCGCGCGCGCGCACGCGCGCACGCACAUCCUGUCGACCAUUGUUUUCUUAAGUUCAUAGCGCAUAUAGUACGUAGUUUAUUACCCCCAACAAUAAAUGAUUGUUAAUCCGUGUAUGCCGAUCGACAUGUGCAGUGGGUUGU